AUGGCUCAGUCCUCCACGGCCACCAUUGGCAGCUCCGUUGAGCUUCGACAGCUGCCGGCGGCUGUGGUCGGGGGAACAGGGUCUCGCCGUUUCAGUAACGAAAUACGACGUCUUGGGUCCAACGACAACGACAAUAGCAACAUCGGCGUUGUAGGGCUCAAAGACAUUGCCGAACACACAGCUCCCGUCGACCUAGUCGAGACGUGGAAGUAUCCCCGUCAAAACAUAUUCAAGACGGGUGCGACGUUUUGGAGUCUGUUGGUUACCGGGGCCAAUGAUGCCGCCUACGGUCUCGAAUCGUAUUACGACCUUAGCUACGUCGUCGUCUCGCUCAUCUUCCUCUCCCCAUUUGUCGGGUACAUCCUCGCGGCCAGCCUCAACAACACGCUCCACGUGCGCAUCGGACAGCGCGGCAUCGGCGUAUCGUGCGGCCUCUGCCACUUCGUCGCCUACGUCAUCAUCUCCCAGCACCCCGCUUACCCAGCGUUGGUGAUCGCCUACGCCCUGGCAGGGUUUGGGAACGGCGUAUCCGACGCGGCGUGGAACGCGUGGGUGGGCAGCCUGGACAGGGCCAACGAGGUUCUCGGCCUACUACACGCCUUCUACGGCAUCGGCGGCACCACGAGUCCGCUUAUUGCGACGAGCAUGAUUGCCCGGGCUGGCCUACCCUGGUACAAGUUCUACUACAUCAUGAUUAGCAUGUCUGCUGUCGAGCUGGUGAGCUGCACAUGGGCCUUCUGGCACGACAGCCCCGAAGCGUACCGCCGCAAGAUGCGGGCCAGCAGCGAGGACAGCGCGGGCAUGAGGGAGGCGCUGUUCCGGAUGCCCUACGCGCGCGUCACCUGGCUCAGCGCCCUGUUUCUCCUCGGCUACGUGGGUGUGGAGGUGUCCCUGGGCGGCUGGGUGGUGCAGUUCAUGAUGCGCGUGCGCAAAGCCGAGGCGUUCCCGGCGGGCAUGACCUCUGUCGGAUUCUGGCUCGGUCUGACGGUCGGCCGCGCCGUGCUAGGGUUCGUGACGCCCACCCUGGGCGUCAAGGUCGCCGUAGCCAUGUACCUCCCCGCCACCAUGGCUCUCGAACUGGUCUUCUGGCUCGUGCCGCGGUUCACCGUGUCGGCCGUUGCGGUCGCGCUGCAGGGCUUCUUCCUGGGGCCGCUGUUCCCGGCCGUCGUGGUCAUCAUCACCAAGCUGCUGCCCAGGCAUCUCCACGUCAGCACUAUCGGGUUCGCGGCGGCGUUUGGGGGCAGCGGCGCCGCGGUUCUGCCGUUUGCUGUCGGUGCCAUUGCUCAGGCUAGGGGGGUGCAGAUCUUGCAGCCGAUUAUUCUGGCGUUUUUAGCCAUGCUGCUCGGUGUCUGGCUUUGUCUGCCCAGGAUCGGGAAGAAGAGGGAUUAG